GUGUCUUUUGCUUCGAGCUGCGCUUUUUUGAGGUUUUUCAUUCUCCCUUUCCUUCCUCCGCUGGCCAGCGGCUCGCAAGGUUACAGUUGCUUGAUUGCACUUAAGACCUAGCGUGACUCGUCACCUGUUGACCACCCCCAUCUUUCCCUUCCUUUCCCACUGUUUUGUUUCUAUCCUCCCUGCAAAGUCACACUCAAGAUAUGGAAAAGACCGAGCUGAUCCAGAAGGCCAAAUUGGCAGAGCAGGCUGAGCGCUAUGAUGACAUGGCAGCCAGCAUGAAGGCUGUUACAGAAUUUGGUGAGGAACUGUCAAAUGAAGAGAGAAAUCUCCUUUCUGUAGCCUAUAAGAAUGUUGUGGGAGCACGGAGGUCUGCUUGGAGGGUCAUCUCUAGUAUAGAGCAGAAGACAGAGUGCUCUGACAAGAAGCUGCAGAUGGUGAAAGAAUAUAGGGAGAAAGUGGUAUCAGAGCUCAAAACAAUCUGUGGAACUGUCUUGACUUUACUUGACAAAUUCUUAAUAGCAAGCUCAACCGUCCCAGAGAGUCAAGUCUUUUACCUGAAAAUGAAAGGAGACUACUACAGGUACCUUGCUGAGGAGGCAACUUAGGAGGACAGGACUCGGACAAUAGGAGACUCUCAAACAUCUUAUCAGGAGGCGUUUGACAUCAGUAAGAAGACAAUGCAGCCAACGCAUCCCAUUCGCUUGGGCCUUGCUCUGAACUUUUCCGUAUUCUACUAUGAGAUUCUCAAUUGUCCGGAAAAGGCUUGCUUACUUGCCAAAACUGCUUUUGAUGAAGCCAUUGCAGAACUCGAUACACUGAAUGAGGAAUCUUACAAAGUCAGCACUCUCAUCAUGCAGUUACUUAGGGACAACUUAACAUUAUGGACAUCCGACAAUACAGCAGAUGAAAGUGAUACUGUAGAGCAAGGCGAAAACAACUAAUUUGCAGUGGGUGCAGCUCUCUUCCUCAAGAAUCCUUUUUACACCUCUCCAUUCCUUAUUGCUCAAAUGGUUUUCCUGUAGCAAUGAAUCCAUCCAUUUGUAAUGGAAUUCAACUGUUAAUAGUCUGUUCACGUUGCAGUUAUGGGUGAAAUCCAUCUUAAAUUUUAUUUCAUUUUUCCCUUCCAGCCUUUUCGGUGUGCAUUUUCUGCUGUAGAUAAGUAUUAAGUUUAACUUCAUGCUAAAAUAAACAUAAGUCAUUUCCAAACA